GGCUGGUAGUCCUGAUUUGAGUAUGAAAUUCCCCAUAAUCCAUUGCGCGUGACGUCAUUUGGCAACCUAGGGAGGGGAUAUGACAGGAAGAAAGUGUUCAACAGCCAAAGCACGGGAAUAAACCCCAAAACAAUCCUCGCAGAGUGAAGCGUCCAAGUCUUCCUUGGAAAAAGGGAAGGACCAUGACUGAAAAUGGCCCUCGCACAGAGGCGCCACUUUACUUUGAGGUGGAGGUGGAUGAAGAUGAAGAUAAGGUCCACUUCGACAAGGCCGAGCACCUGAUGGCCGAACCCUCGUCGUCGUCGUCUGGCCGUAUUUACGACCGAACCACCGUCCUCAUCGAGCGGGACCCCAUCCGGCUGGACGAGGAGGGCGAGGAGGAGGGUCACUGCGGAGGCGAUGAUGACGGGGUCACUUUCAUCACUGAAGGCGAAGGAGAUGAAGAGGAGGGGUCCCUGGCCUUUAUGGCAGACCCGGACGCCAUGUCUCAGGGUUAUGUGCACCACACCAUCUCGCCGGACCAGAUCCAGUUCACUAUUAAUCCCGGAUCCACCCCCAUGCCACGAAACAUAGAGGGCGCCACCCUCACCCUGCACUCUGAGUGUCCAGAGACGAAGCAGAGAGAGGUGAAACGCUACCAGUGUAUGUUCGAAGGUUGCACAAGGACGUACAGCACGGCAGGCAACCUGCGCACGCACCAGAAAACUCAUCGGGGAGAGUAUACUUUUGUGUGCAACCAGCAAGGCUGUGGCAAGGCCUUCCUCACCUCGUACAGCCUCAAGAUCCAUGUCCGCGUGCACACUAAGGAGAAGCCGUUUGAGUGUGAUGUGCAGGGUUGCGAGAAGGCCUUCAACACUCUGUACAGGCUAAAAGCACACCAGAGACUCCACACGGGCAAAACAUUCAACUGUGAAUCCGAGGGAUGCACAAAGUACUUUACCACUCUUAGCGACCUGAGGAAGCACAUUCGCACGCACACUGGAGAGAAGCCAUUCCGGUGCGACCAUGACGGCUGCGGCAAAGCUUUUGCUGCAAGUCAUCACCUAAAAACCCAUGUACGGACCCACACAGGCGAGAAGCCUUUCAACUGUCCGAGUGACGGCUGCGAGAAGACGUUCAGCAGCCAGUACAGUCUGAAGAGCCACAUCCGGGGUCACGACAAGGGACAGGCCUUCAGCGUCACCCUCACUCACCCGCUGUCUGAAGAUGCAAAUCAUUCACUGUGCCUCAGUGAUUUAAGUCUGAUCUCCACUGACUCUGCUGAACUACGAGAGCAAAUUCACAAUGCACAGAAUUUAGAUCUGAACAACGUGACCCCUGUGAAAAUCUUUGAGCUCAUGUUCCAGAGUCCUGAAAACAGCGUCAGCCAAGAUGAGGUCCAGCCGAACGAGAGCCUCACUGAGUCAUUCGCCCUGGACACCCCGACCCCGCCGAGGGUGACUGAAGCUUCAUCUCUGAUCUCGUUCUCCCUCAAUCCCGCCUCCUCUUCAUCCUCCUGCUCCCACGCAGCCGCUGCCACCGAGGCUCUUCCUUGCUCUCAGGCCCUCGCACCCGCCUCAGCCGCGCCCCCCGCCGCCACUUCCAUGCAGCCACCCACUUUUGUGCACAUCUCCGAGGGACCUGCCCAAACUCCCAACCACGUCACCUCUCAGCACUACGUCACACUGCCAUCCACAUUCCUCCAGCCGGACACCGUCGCCCAACCUACUGCUCUGUCUGACCCGAACUCCACUCCCGCUGUAGCAGCCCCGGUCCUGAGCAGCACGGCGGCCAGCACUACUCCAGCCGUGUCUGUCAUCGCAGGCGCCACCUCAGACCCUCUGGCAGCUGUAGCUCAACCCGUGCCUUUGGCCAGCGGCGUCGUUUCCAACUCCGGCCCAGCCACCAUCACCAUCGCUUCAACUCCCAGCCUGCUGCAGCCCGGCCUGGUCAUGUCUGACCAGAACCUCCAGUGGAUCCUGAGCAGUGCCGCUAACAGCAAUCAGACCCCUGAACAAUCACAUCAAGGAGGUCCAAAGGUAGAGAAGGUAUUCUUCACUACAGCCAUACCAGUGGGAGGAAAUGCUGGCAGCUCUGUCCAGCAGAUCGGCCUGAGCCUGCCAGUCAUCAUCAUCAAGCAGGAGGAGUCGUGCCAGUGUCAUUGUGCCUGCAGGGACAUGACAAAAGACAAGAGCGCCUCCUCUGUGGUCCCCACCGCAGCACAGCCCCAACCACCAGAAGGCGCCGCCCCUCCUCCGUCGCAGCCCCAAGAGCCCCCGCCACAUCCUGCCGCCGCCUCCUCUUCCUCGUGCUGCCUCCCGGAGUCUUCCUCCAAGUUGGGCGACAUCAGAAAGGAGUCCGUCUCUUCUUCCUCAACGCAGACUUUCUCUACGAUGGUGAGCGGCUCCGCCUCCGUCAACGCCUCGUCUCCUCACGCGCUGGCAAACAUGGACGUGUCAGACUUCCUCUCCAUGCAGAGCCCAGAGACGGCCGCCAACAUUGAGGCUCUGUUGCUCGUCACCAACGACUUCAACAUGCCCACUGAUGGCAACGCUUAAAAGAGUGUGUACGUGUGAGAUGCCUCGCCUUUCUCCUUAAAAUAGCAUACGCUUGGAACCUCUGUACCUUCAGUGCAUUCUCCUCUCUCUCUGUGGCAUUGUGCAACUUACCUGCGCCUGUUUCACUCUCCGUGUGGUAGUUUGCUCGCUGAACGUUAACAAAGCUAACGCGGGGAAAAAGGCAGUAGAGAAGCUUUUUUUUGUUGUUGCUAAUGAAUAUAUAUAUUCAAACAUGUAUACAAGUCACUGAUGACACCUAGUUUCAUCGUGAUGUCCUGACACUGAAAUGGUGAAAGAUCCCGUUGCACCUCAGCAGGUGUGUGUGUGUACUGUACUCCCGAAGCCUGACAAAUGCUUGGAAAAGGUGGUUGGAAUGCAGUGAGUGCGAUCGAUCUUCACGUGUUGGUCCAAAAGAUUUGAUUAGAGCCGCCUUAUCAAAAAAAAAAUUGAUAAGCCACACAAUUUCCCUAUAAUUUUUUAUUUAAAAUUGUACAUUUUAAUUUAUUUAAGACAUUUAAUUUUCCUAUUUCUAAUGGUGUUGAUAGAUGAUAAAUCUUUUAUUAAUUUAUUCCAAUUACUUGUGUAUUUGAGUUGAUUUUUGUUAGAGUUCUUAUACGGACCUUACUUUCUGUAAAAAUUAUUUCACAGCUAAGAAACUACUGUCAACGUGUUAUUUUAUUUUAUUUUUUCGGGUCGUGACCCUCUCAGGGACGCAUUGGGUCAUAAUUGAUCCCGGCUCCCUUCAUGUUUAUUAUGUUUCCUUCCUUCACGGUUGGCCCUCACUCACAUUUGCCCUGCGUUUUGCUGCACACUAACCUUGUAAAGAGAGUAACCUUAACGUGCAGCACCGCCAGUUUUGUACACAGCUGCUGUAAAUGUAUCAUUUAAAAAGGUGUGUGUAUACAGUAUAUGUAAGAUUAUUCUAGAAUUUGUAUUUUUGUAUAGACAGAUGAAAUAAUCUACUGAGUUAACAAUGUAUUUGGUCAGUCAGUGAAUAUUUUACAAUUUUGUUAAAUUAACAUCCCACUGCAACAAGAUAAUAAUGAUACUGCCUCCUGCUCGGAUUUUUUUAAUUAUCAGAAUUUUGUUGGCCUUAAAUGUAAAUGUUCUGCUUUUCGACUUGAGCACCCACUUCCUGCAAGGUGCAUUAUCUAAGAGAAUGUGCGGUAUUCUCUUGGGGGGACUUAAUAUGUGAGAAUCGCAGGAGUAUUUAUCACGUAUUUGACACUUGUUGCUGUGUUUUUGUCCCCUUCGGUUUGAGCAUUACCUUACAUGAAGCAAUCAUGAGGCCAGUUUAGAUGUGUGAAGGAAAGGCUGCAGGCAUACAAUGUGCAAACUCUCUUAAGCAGGGUCUCCCCCAAACAACACAUUGUACAUAAACUAUGAUAAAGAAAAUACUUAUUUAUUAUAACUUGACAUUUGGCAAACAGAGUUUGGGAAACAGAUUCCAGAAACCAUUCCAGAGAUGCAGUAUUACAAGGGUCCAAUUAUCAAAGACGUUAAAGGCACUAUAUGAAAAGUAGAAACCAUCACUAUGUCACUAUUCAUGCAUAUUAUAAAGAAACUAUGCAAUUUUUAGGUAUGGCAUUCAGAGUUGUAUGCACACAGACUCCGUCAUUAAAUAUAGUGAUGUGCUAGGAUAUUUUUAUAUGCACAAAAUGUUUCUUUAACCAUUUGCAUAUACAGACGAUAUGACAUAACCACUCAUGUCCACUAAACAUAAUUAUAGAAAGAAUUUAGUUUAACAUUUGGGAGAGAAGAGUUUUAACGGCGCUCUGCUUUUUGAAGGAACACAAGUUAUGAAUGAUUCUGUUUUAAGAAUUGCUUUGGUAAUAAAUAUAUCAAAAUAUAAAUGUUUCAUCUGGCUCAUUAACUCAUUUAGUAUCCAUGUUUUGAUGUUCUGACGUGUGGAUCAGUUGUUUGUUGGCCUUCUACACUGAAAAGUCUCAACUUGAACGCUUGGGAUGUCUGUUUGGAAGCAGAUUUCAAAUCAAUUGGCUAUUUCUGGAUAAUAAUGACAUGAUUUUAAGUCAUAAUAAAUAAAAUGCGUGCUUCCAAAGGGAUGUCUCAUCACCCAAGAAAGCAAGGGAUUAUUAAAAAGGAGUAGUAUUUUUUAAAAGAAUGUAUAAUGGUAAAUGUUUGCAUAUGCUCGUUUUGUAUAAAGUGAUAUGACGACUUUCUCAAAUAAGGAGCAAUAUACUAAUAAUAAAAACCUUACUGUCAC